AUGCCAGUCAAAUGGACCCCGGAGAUGGAUCAACAACUGCUCCUCAAAAUCCUGGAGACUCAUGAACUAAGCGUGAAUGCCUCAAAGGUAUUGGAAGCAUGGCCUGGCAACGACCCAAAGGCGAAGCCAACUGCUCGUGCGAUUACUGAGCGUUUGGUCAAAAUCAGAUCGCGCAUCAGGACCGGCAACGGGCAAAAUCCCACCUCCACUCCACAAAAGCCAGCUACACCCAGCUCCCAUAACCGUUCGUCUGCAAAACGAAAGCGCGGAGAUGAUGCCUCGACCGGCAAAGAGACUAUCAAAACUGAGUCCUUCGUUUCUCCAACCCCGAACGCCCAGUACAUUAAACAAGAAUAUACCGACUAUUCUGACUCAUCAAUUGAUGGAAUGGCGAUGCCCGUGACCAUGUGCACCCCAUCUAAACGUGCAAGAGUUCCCUCGCUUCUGCCUUUUGGCAUGACUACAUACAGUGAGGAUACAGAUAACGAAACUCAGAACGAAAGCAGUGCCAGUGAAUUUGUCUACUCUACAAAGAUUGAAAUCAACGAUAGCUACGGCAAUAUCCAUGUUCAUGAAGGUUGA